AUGGGUGUCCAAGAAGUUCUAAAGAGAAAGACCGGUGUCAUCGUCGGUGACGACGUUCGUGCCUUGUUCGACUACGCCAAGGCCCACAAGUUCGCUAUCCCAGCCAUCAACGUCACUUCUUCCUCCACUGUCGUUGCUGCUUUGGAAGCUGCCAGAGACAACAAGUCCCCAAUCAUCUUGCAAACCUCCAACGGUGGUGCCGCUUACUUCGCCGGUAAGGGUGUCUCCAACGAGGGCCAAAACGCCUCCAUCAAGGGUGCCGUCGCCGCUGCCCACUACAUCAGAUCCAUUGCCCCAGCUUACGGUAUUCCAGUCGUCUUGCACUCUGACCACUGUGCCAAGAAGCUAUUGCCAUGGUACGACGGUAUGUUGGCUGCCGACGAAGCCUACUUCAAGGAACACGGUGAACCUUUGUUCUCCUCCCACAUGUUGGACUUGUCCGAGGAAUCCGACGAGGAAAACAUCGCCACCUGUGUCAAGUACUUCACCAGAAUGGCCAAGAUGAACCAAUGGUUGGAAAUGGAAAUCGGUAUCACCGGUGGUGAAGAAGAUGGUGUCAACAACGAAAACGCCUCCGAAGACUCCCUAUACACCAAGCCAGAACAAGUUUUCGCCGUCUACGAAGCUCUACACCCAAUCUCUCCAAACUUCUCAAUCGCCGCUGCCUUCGGCAACGUUCAUGGUGUCUAUCAAGUGGGAAACGUGGUGUUGUCUCCUCAAAUCUUGGGUGACCACCAAAAGUACGCUGCUGAAAAGACCAAGGCCGCUGCUGGUGCCAAGCCAUUGUACUUGGUCUUCCACGGUGGUUCCGGUUCUACCGACCAAGAAUUCCACACUGGUAUCGACAACGGUGUCGUCAAGGUCAACUUGGACACUGACUGUCAAUUCGCCUACUUGGAAGGUAUUAGAGACUACGUCUUGAACAAGAAGGACUACCUAAUGACUCCUGUCGGUAACCCAGAAGGUAAGGACAAGCCUAACAAGAAGUUCUUCGACCCAAGAGUCUGGGUUAGAGAGGGUGAGAAGACCAUGUCUAAGAGAAUUGCUCACGCUUUGCAAGUCUUCAGAACUGUCGACAGUUUGUAA